AUGGCUUCCAACGAUGCCGAGUCGUCGCUGGAGUCUGCCGCUGCUACUGCCACGGCAGCCAUGAAAGCCAGCGAGCAAGAAAAAACCUCGAACGCCGUGCUCGAGGACGAAAGUUUGAUCAACAAUCUGGUGGAGAGCUUGGAUAAGCCGGACGACACUGAUGCUUCCAUCAAGGCUGAAGAGUCUCUGGUGGAUCCGUCCUUGUCGCGGUCGCCGCUUGAUCAGGUCCUGCUAGGGCAGAAGUUUAUUUUGCUGGGAAAUGGUGCGGCCAAUGAGGAUGUUCGCCACGUGAUUGAGGAACUGGGAGGAAGUGUGGUGAGCGGUGAAAACAGCCAGGGAAUAUAUCUUGCUCGGUCUGCGUCGGACGUGAGUCCCAACGUCAACGUUCCGGUGUACUCGUUCAACUUUGUUUAUACGGCGCAAAGAGACCACGUUCUGCCGGACCUGAACGAUUUCAAGCUCCGCCGUCCGCCCCAGCUACCGCAGAACCUCAACAUCAACAUUGGCGAGUUGGCAAAGACGGGGCUCAAGGAAGACGAGUCUGUUGAGAGCGCGUUAUCAAUGAGCGCUGAGCCCCAGAAGAAACGGUCGAUGAAAUUCACAGAGCUGGAGGAUGCUUGUAUUUUGGAUUUGAUCAGACGAAACCCGAACCUGCGGUCGACGCACAGCUUUUUCGCCAAAAUUGCCCAGCUGCCCGUGUUAAGCGGCCACACAGGCAACUCGAUCCGGUUCAGGUUUCGCAAAAUCCUGGCAGAUAAGCUCGACUACGUGUACCAGGUGGAUCCGCAAACGAACAAGCUGAUUUUGGACCCGGUGACAAACGAGCCUAUCAAGAUCAAGGACCUUCCAAGUCUGCUGAAGUCGCAAUACACCGCCGAAGAGGACUACGAGCUGUGCAAGCACAUUUUGCAUUUCAAGGAAAACAUGUCGCAAUACGCCAAGAAACGGAAGCUGGACGGCAACAGCAUUCCGGAGUCGGUUUUCACCGAGCUGGUGGCCAAGUUCCCGAGACACAGCGCGAUGUCGUGGAGAGACCGAUACCGGAAGUUCGCCUCGAAGUACGGUCUGGAGGAGUAUAUGAAGUACUACGAGGACUGUUUGGCGAAGAACAUCACCCCGCAGCCAAUGAAGAACUUGAGUUCGAGAGCAAAGGAUUCCAAGGACGUGAAGAGAAUGAAGCUGGACGACAAAAACGACAUGGUUCCUAGUCUGGACAGAAUCGAGGCAUUGGCGCGCGUUUCUGUAGAGCGCAAGGAAACCGAGGAGAACGCUGCAAAGAAGGGAUAUAGCCCGGAGGCCAAGAGCGAAAAAGACAAACGCCUGGACGACGGGGCUGCUUCCGCCAAUCUCUUUGAAGACGCGAACGAGGACGAGAUCAAGGCUCUGAACGACGAUCUGAGCAAGUUCGACGCGCUGCCUUCCAUUGAGACCGAGGGCAACUUCUCCUUCGAGGAGCUCAAGAAGGAGGACCCGGAGCCGCUGAAAAACAAGUCCCUGAUCAACGUCGAGGAGACCUGUGCGCAGAUCGAACAGAUAUUUGGUAGCUUUGGCUCUUCCAUCACCACCUCUUUUGAGCUGUUCAAAGUGAUGAACGAGAAAGUUGGUCUGUCGAUGGGCUGGCUGACGUACUGGUUUGAUUGCUCGUGCGGCCACCUGAAUCUGUUCAUGGCGGCCAUUCUCAACUAUAUCCGGAACGACGAGCUGAUACUGAGCAAUUAUCCCGGAUUUUGGACCUCUGAGCACGACCGCAUGCUCAAGGAGGAAGACAAAAUUCCAGAUUUGAUCAAGUUGCACGGUGUGGAGUCGGUCACGAAACGGCGAGAGGCACUGUACGGCGAAUAG